ACGACGUGUCGACGCAGCUUUGGCUGUGCUUCCCUGACAGUAGCUAAUAUUCUUGUAAUUAUUUUUUCAAGACUUUAUUUUAUCGCAGUGCGAAUGACAGUCCGUGAGGGACAGAGACACCUUUCAUGUAGUGUAAACCGUCGAGGAAUCGAUUCCAUGGAAGUCGUGGACAGCCCGCUCAAUCUCGCUCAUCAGCAGUGCAGGAAGGCAGACCGUUUGCUAGUGGCUGGAAAGUAUGAAGAAGCCAUUUCCUGCCAUGGAAAAGCAGCAGAUCUUUUGACAGAUGCAAUGAAGACAACAGAGUGUGAGCAGGCUCGCCUGUCCAUGGAGCUGCAGAGGGACAGUCAUAUCAAACAGCAGCGACUGAUCCAGGAGCGCUGGAAAAGAGAGGCUCGUCGUGAGGCAACAAAGGCCCGACCUGGCCAGGUGCAGCCCUCCAGUGGUACAGCCCUCCUCACCCAGACCCAGUCCACAGGCCAGCUUCAGCCCCAUGAUUCACCAGGCCUCUCAGCUGCAGAGGGUAUAGGAGCCAGGGAGAGAGAAUACGACACCUUGCUCUACCAGCUUCAGACUCGGCAGACUGGAGGCUGCCAGCCUUUGACGCCACCGUGCCCUGGAUCUAAGACCACCAAAGACGACAAAACUCGCCUGGAAGAACAACAGACCACCAUUGAUGACCUGCGGCGCCUGGUUGACCACCUGAUGGAUGAAAACCAGCGGCUAACGGCUGAGAACGAACGGCUACAAUCAGAAAAUGCCCGGCUGCGCUCUGAGGCAGCUGAGGCGGCAGACUUCGUGGAACGUUCAGAGCUCUGGGUGCUCCCACAAGCAGGUGGCGCAAUGGGAACAGGGGGUGGGCAGGAGAGGAAAAGCACAGGAAAGGGGAAGGAGAUCGCAAUCCCUCAGCUGCCGCCGCUGGAGAUGCCAGCUCAGGAGGAUCUGUGUCUGGAUGACCUGCCUCCUCUGGAGUUGCCAGAGGACAUCCAGAAUGAACUACAGGAGCUACUGGACAGGGAUAAACUGUGAUAAGAGACAUGUCUCACACAUGCGCGUGCAUGCACACACACACACGCACACACAAGCACAAGGGUUCAACCAAUAUGGCUUUUGGAUGCCAAAAUGUUUGACAUCUUAAACCCACAGGCUCUGUGUGAUCAGACCUAUGCUCAAGUUAAAGGUGGACAGAGAUAUCAUUGAAAUUCCAGGAGCCCCACAAACUCUCUACACUCAACAGAUGAUAAAUGAUAAUCAGGCAGAUGAAGUGAUACCCUUACCACUAAUACAAUGCAAUCAAAGUCAGAGAUAAAGGAAUAGUUCACCCACAAUGUCAAUUGGAACAUUGGUGAGAUUGUGUGUCAUACUGAAGUAUGAGAAGAUGGAUGUUAAGUUGUUAUUUCUGUUCUGUUUUGUUUGAUGAGACACAACAUAUUUUAUUGUGUCUAGAUAUAGCCAUUAAAUAACUCUGAACAACUUAACCUGGGCUCAGACUACAGGAGUUUGUGUGCGAUGCACCCUGAUUUCAAAAUCGGUUAGGAUUUUAAAACUCAUGUAGUUUGAGACUGGUUUUAGGCCCCGAUCACACCGAAAUCAUUUUAGCAGCUGGAGGUGGCUUUAUGUAAUUGUUUUUAAUGAGAACGAAGCUUUUUGCUAGCUGUAUUUUGCGUUGCUACACGGCUCGUGUUUCUGCGCUCUAGGCGCCUGGUGUUUUUGCCUGAGCGCUCUGACCUCCUGGAGUUGAAAAAAUUUCAACUUCAACUUAGAGCGAAAAAGCGCCCCAUUACAAUCUGCAUUGUCCAGUAGGAUGACUGGAGAGGCGGGCCUUCUGUGGUGGUCAUGACAACAAGUUUACAGUUGGUUAACAGUGGAGGAGAAACUGGUGGUAGUGGUUGCUGGAUACCGAGAGCUAUACGACUUUACAAACCAGUUACCACCAUCUCAAUAGGAAACAGCAGGCGUGGAAGCAUAUAAAGGUGCAGUACUGAAAUAGCCAUCAUGGAGGCGAAACUCCUUGACCAAGUGGUGGUGCUCAGUCAUUCUGCAGGAUCACCAAACUCCCUGUAGUUAGUAUUCAUUUUUGUUAUGCUAGGCCUGACGAUAGACAGCAGGUUGUCAACCCACCCCCAAGUCAUCCUAAGACAUGCCUGGAAAUGGCCAUCAUCAAGGUGUAACUCCUGGACCAACUAGUUGUACUCCCCGUGAUCCACCGUCUUUUUUAGGGUCUCAUGUACCCACACAGACCUCUGUUUACCUGUGCCUAACAAACUAUUUGCUGACAGCCUCUCACCCUCAACCAGAGCAAGAGCAAGUACCCUCUGCCUGUCCAUUUUGGGAACUUGAUACUAAUUCCUGUGAAAUAAAUAAAAAUAAUAAUAAAAAUAAACGGCAAAUUGAUUACACAGGAAGGUUAUGGUAAGGAGGUGAUGGGGUGGUUGCCUGGCAACAAUAAAGCGGUACAGCAGGGUUUUUUCUACUAGUGGCAUUCAAUUUAUACAAAAAAGGCAACCUGUAAAACACUUUGUGUGUGACCGGAGCCCUAGGCAGCAUCAUUUCAGUGAUCUGAAGCUAAAUUAGAGGGCUUUUUUAUUUAUAUUAUAUAUUGAUAAGUCGUAUUUUUUCUGUCUGCAAAUCUCAGCACAGUAGCCAACAUCCCUUUAAAAGCGGCUGGGAAUACUGUAUUAAGCAUAAAGUGUGUGUGCGUGUGUGUGUGUGUGCGUGCGUGUGCGUGCGUGUGUGUGUGUGUAAGUGUGAGAUCUGAGUGGUAAAAACAGUGGAGGAAGACAAGCACAUGUAGGCCAAUGACUGAUUAAUGUAUUAUGAUAAUAAGUUGACUAUUUAAUUCAGUAAACAUUAAAUAAACAACAAUAUUACAUUGUUUUAUGAGUUCAUUGGUUAUAAUUUGUAAUUUGGUGUGAUUUUAUACUACCUUUUUUUAACUUCUGGAACCUGAAAAUUCUGUUGAGGGAUGAACAAAAUACUGUCAGUGUGACGUCUUAAAGCACACUGUUGCCUGAAACCUUAUGAAUGAGUACAACUGAACUUUCCUUUUUUUGUCUUAAAUUCUUCUUUGUUUAAUAUAGUGUUUUGUUUUAGAUAAUGUAAUCACAGACUUCUGAUCCCCCUUCCGGUCUUACAUCUAUGCUACACAUGCUGUUUGGAAUACAUUUUGCGGUUAUUCUGUGUUCCCAGCAGCCUCAGUCAGAGAAGUUGGAGAAUGUAGCUACCAACACACUCACCUGAUGUUACACUGACUGGGUAUCAACUGUGUGGAUGAACUGCUCCUUUUAAGGGCAUCACUGGAAAUGCUUAUUCUGAUCGCCUUUUAACAGUGUCAGAGUUAUUGGUCUAACCCUACCACACACACACACAUACACAUCAGGAUCAUGUGCCGUGAGAAUCACAGAAAAGCAUAUUGCUGUUGUUGAGGAAAAACUACAUGGCUGCAUUUUUAUCUUUUUUAUUUUCUCUUAGCGUACUUGAAUUAAAGGCUUCAAUGAUCAUUUGUCUGUGUGUGUGUAGUGAUUUUUUUAUGAGCAGGUUUUUGUCAUGACGUGGCUGCCAAUGAGACAAUAAGCACGUUUCUGAUUUUCAUGCAGAUUGGUGUUUUUGUGCAACAACAGCAAUAUACACAUACAUCACAUACACACACUGAUGACAUUUAAACGAGAAGGCUGAGGCACACACAGGUGAUAGAGCCUUGCUGAUACAUCCAGUCACUGCGUGUUCACACUGCGAGCAACUGAGUUAAUGAGUUGCUGUAUAAAGCUUUGUGUGUUUCAUCAUGUUGGCUAAUGAAAAGAGCAUACCAGUGUUUUCCAUGUUUUAGCCUUUAUACCACAAAUCAAAUGCACACUGUUUCCAACUUUGCAGUUUCAUAGACUUUUAAAUGUUUUUUAUAUUCCAGUUAGACACGUCCACAUCUGUAGAGACUUGAAACUUGCUUUUAGAGCUGAAAGUUGAUCGACAAAAAAAAAGAGCUGUUUUAAAGGGACAGUUCACCCCAAAUCAAAAAUACAUUUUUCCUCUUAACUGUAUUGUUAAUUAUCACUCUAGAUUGUGCGAGUUGCCGAGUGUUGGAGACAUUCGGCCUUAGAGAUGUCUGCCUUCUCUCCAAUAUAAUAAAACUAGAUGGCACUCAGCUUGUGGUGCUCAAAACAUCAAAAAAAUGAAUUUAAAAAACUCAGCAGCAAUGUCUCUCUCUAGAAAUGAAGAACAGGUUAUCCAAGAUAAUCUACAGACCUUGUUGUGAGCAGUUUUAUGUAGGAACUAUUUUCUUUCUGCCAAACUACACCCGCAGAAGGAAGCAUGCAUCUACUGUUAGCUCACCUAGAACCACUGAGUUAGCCAACAUUACAGCUCAGCUGAGGAGGAUGCCGUUAAUAUUUACACGUCAUGCUGUCGAGCACAAGCCCCGCAUCCAUGAGUAGAUGCACACUUCCUUCUGCGCAGUGACACGACUGGCAGCCAUAGCAUGGUAGAGGAAUAGUAAUUUUAACUGCAUUACCAUGCAGUGGUGACAUAUCAAGCAUUUUGUGCAUAGUUCAUUUUCAUACCAUAUGGUAAUUAAUGUAAAGAAAUUGCUGCCUGGAAGCCAAGACACACAGUCAGAAAUCUAAAACAAACAAAAAAAUAAGCCAAGUUAGGUUUAGUUUCAUACACAUUAAAAAGUACAAUGUAAUCAAAUGCAAUGAAGUGCAUCUGCCCUGGCUCUCUCAGCCCUUCAAAGUAUAUAUAAAUAAGAAUAAAUAAAAGACAACAAUAAUAGGUCCUUCAACACUUUAAAACAUUUAAAGUGUUUGCUGUUAAACAUUUAAGACAUUUGAAAGUACUUGCAGUGUGUCACAUUAAAACCUUUGAAGUGCUAAAACAUGCAGAAACAAUGGUGUGGUUCUUUGAAAGCUGCAUUAAUCCAUAUCUAAGGGCUAAAGAACCCCAAUUAAGUUGAUAGACACAACACAGAUACAUUAUCAUAUUACAAAUGUUUUAUGGCUAGCAUGUUAGCUAAGAGGUGACUUUUUUACACAUCCAGCAGAUAUUCAUUUGGAGUAGUUCCAGCCUUGUCCAUUCACUUUUAGCCCUGUUUCUACCAGCUCCUAAGAGAAAUAUCUGUCUCUUAAAUGCUACUUUGUUUGUUAGCACAGAGAAAAGAGAAGGACUUGAAGCAACUUGUUGACUUUGUUGCUUGCAGUCUGAAUAUGUCGUUUGCAUGCACACACUAUCGCACACUGUGAGGCAUUUGUACAAACUCAUUGACUCACUUUUGGAACUGUAUAUUUCCUUACUGGAACAAUAAUUGAAUGCAGUGAUGGUAUGUUUUGGGCUGUAAAAAUGGCAUUCAGAACUUAAAUUUAAAAAUGAAACAUUGGCUUUGAAACCUGUACGCUGGAAAAAGUUAUAUUGGCACUGAAAAAAAAAAUUCCACUGACAAACAAAACACAGGCAUUAAAAAUAAUUUUAUACAUUAUUUUGAUAUUUUUGCAUUCUGAUGUUUCUUUAUGACAGUCUUGGUAUCAGGUAUUUUUUUUAACACUGCCAUUUUUCAGUGUCACUGGUUUUAAAUCUCAACAGGUACCUUUUUGGCGUAGAGGGGAGGGGUCUGUCAGGAGGGGACAAUGCCAUUUUUUUCCAAUGCCAAAAUUUAGUGUCACUGCUCUAGCUCCAUACAGAACUGGCUUCAAAUAGGACUUUAUGCUGCGUUCACGACCUAUGCAAAACAUAAUAGAUCCACAUUUUUAACAAUGAAAUACUCGAAUAGUGUUUGCCUUAGCUUUCAGCUGUUAAAUACUAAAAUACACACUUCUUGAUAAGAGUUAGCAUUAGGAUUGACCCUAAUGCUGACAUAUAGGCAACUCCAGAAAAUGUUUUCUUUUUUAAAAAGAGGCAAUAAGUGUGUUUUAAUGAUAAAGUCUCAUCAUUUCAGAUCACAGCUCUUGAAAGCUAUAGCAGAACACAAUGUCUUACUGCAUGUUUGUUUUAUCUUUGGCAUGAUAGGAACAUUUUACAUACUUAGUCAAAAGUGUUAAAUGUGAAAAGGUACAUAAGGAGCUACAGAAAUCUACAUUUAUGGACUGUUGAAUUUAAAUGUGAAUAAUUGUUGGUUGUUUUGAUUGUCAUUCUCAUAGGGCGUGAAUGCAGCAUUACCAUAAAGACAGACACUCUUCGUACAGCUAAAGGGAGUCACUUCUCACUUAUAAUUGAUGGCCAGAGUACAAAAAGAAUGCUUCAAACUGCCGGCUGGCCGGCUAGGAAUAAUCAAAGUAGCCGAAGCAGCUUCAAUAACCCAACAUCCUCUAUACCUUCUCAACAAACCCAACCGGUGCCUUGGACAAUGUCUUGUACUGUGGUGGCAGUCACGUCUUUGGAAUCUUCAGAUGGACAGAUCUUUUGACUUAACGACUGACAGGAUGGUUAAUCAAACUAUCCACCAGACAGAUGAACACUGACUGUAAACUACAGCUCUUAAGUCAUCUCAGCUCUUGCUGCUGGCUCCUAACAAAAGCCCACAUCUGUAUAUGCUACAUACUUAUUUGACAAUAUAGGUAUCUAAUGCUGUUUUACCACAUGCCCACUGUAGUCUGCUGUAACCACGCUGUGCCAUCCAUGACCAUGUGUUUCCUAUGUGGCCUCACAGCAGGGCAUAAUGAUUACUACUUUGGGCGUGUGGUUCUGCUUGACCAGGGAAAACCUGUGAUGGUCUCCCCCUCAGUCGAACCUUUGUCCUGCUCUACACUGAUUAACUCAGCUUGUGGCUAUAUUGGUGACUCUAGAGAAAGCUCUGCUCCUACAUACAACAGCUUUUCGUUUCAUGGUUUACUGAUUACUCCACUGCUGCAUCAGAGCUGUGUAAAGCCUCUACUGAUGAAAGCAAUACAUUUUCCUACUGAUGCUGCUUCACAUGAAAAGGGACCUAUUAUACUUAUUUUAAGGUUCAUGCUUGUAUUUUGGGAUUCUUCCAGAACAUGUUUCCAUGCUUCAAUGCUAAAAAAAACACACACUGCAUUUACCUCAUAUUGUCUGUGCUGGAACAACUGUAUUCACCUUCUGUCUGAGACAGUUUUUAGAACCUGUCUCUCCCAAAAAAGCCCAGUCAUCUCUGAUUGGUCAGUGUUUCCAGAUCUUUGGCACCCUCUGCUAAAAAUCAUUAUUAAAGGCCUCUAAACACAACCGCACAUGUUCCAGCAGGAUUGUGAUCUGAAAUCAGGAAGAAAAUCAAACAUUGGCAACAAAGAUCACGUUUUGCUGAUAUUAGCACGUGUCCUUGCAGUGUCCUUGCAGACAGGGAAUGACUGUAAAAGAGUACAACCACACUUUGUCCCAGAAAAAAAAUCACCAAUAAAGGCUUCUAAACACAACUGAACAUGCUCCAGCAGGAAUAUGAUCUAAAGUAUGGGACAAAUCAGCAACCAAAAUUACAUGUUUCCCUAAUGUUAGCAUGUAGCUCCACAUAGCAGUGUACUAUCAACCGGGAAAUGACUGUAAGAGAGUACAGCCACACUUUUCUCAGGUGAAACAUCACCAUUAAAACUUGUAAACACAAUCGAACAUGUUCCAGCAGGAAUAUGAUCUGAAAUAGGGGACGAAUCAGCAAAAAAGGUUAUUUGUUUCACUGAUAUUAGCAUGUAGCUACAUGUAGCAUUGUACUUGCAGCAGGGGGAUGACUGUACAGCAGGGUACAGCAGCACUUUCUCCUGAGAAAAAAAAAUCACCAAUAAAAGCUUCUGAACAUAACAGGACAUGUUUCAGCAAGAAUAUGAUGCAUAAUCAGGAAGAAAUUACCAACACUGGCAACCAAGAUUACAUGUUUACCUGACAUUACCAUGUCAUGACAUGUAGCAUUGUACUUGUAACCCAGGAAUGACUGUAAGAGAAUGCAGCAGAAUGUCAUCCUUUGAAAAACUGCCAUUAAAGGCUUCUUAACACAA